GUUAGAGUCUUGGGAAUAGGCCCCUUGGGUGAUCAUGAGUGGAGAGAGCCUUAAGAGGGGCUUCAGGUGUCUGUUUAGGAGCUGGAGGGUUAAUUUUUGGUAUAGAUCAAUGAAUUUGAUGAGAAAGUUGUUAUUUAUGACACUUAUGUUCUGCUCUGUGCUAAGCCAAGAAGCAAAAUUAAAAGAUAAUUAUAAUAAAGCAGAUGUAGACACUCUAAAAUACCUGAUUGCAGCUAAGGAAUGCUUUGUUUUUGAAACACAGGUAAUUUCAGAUUGAAGGGUUGUUUUCAGUCGUAUCGACUAUAAGAUUAAAUUUUAUGGCUAA